AUGAGCAAAGUUGUUCUUUUUACCCCCGGGUCGAUAUUUCUCCUUGGAGUCGGGGGCUGGUUCAUGACUUAUGGAAUCGGAAUCAGUGAUCCCCAGCAUCUUGUUAGACUUCCUGAUUGGCCGACAAUCUCAAAUACAGGGUCAUUUCCGCCAGAAUCUUGCGUUUUCUCGCAGUUACUCAAUACAACAGCAAUUAUCGGCCUCUUCGUCACCGUCGUCUUCUUCAAAUACACUCAAGCAAUCGGCGCUGACGAUAGUCUAGCAAAAGCAACAGCGGUUCUUGGAAUCAUUCAAAUGUUCGGAGUGAUGCUGGUCGGAAAUUUUCAAUUUACGUCUAUUCGGUUUGUUCACUUUUUCGGGGCUACUCUUGCGUUUGGUUGUGGAUUGGCCUUGGCGCUUUGUAUUUCAAUAAUGAGCGCGGGGAAACUCAUGUCGCCGAAGUGGUUGGUUUGGACGAGGAUUGGGAUUACUACGAUUGCUUUUGCUUCGGGAAUCAUAAUGCUCGUGUCGGCUUUUCAACAAGGCGAUCCAGCAGAAGCCGACUACUCACGUUUCUGGGCAAAUAUGACGGAUGCCUUUGAGUGGUCUUUGGGAAUUUCACUUCUUUGCUUCUACUGCUCGCUGACGUAUGAGUUUUCAAAGAUCAAGUCGACGAAAUUUUCAAUAACGCUGGAUUCGGUAACCACGGUGAAAUCUGAAAAUGGUGAUGGGAGAAGGGAGGUGGAAUCAGAAGAGCAUCGAUUCUAG